AUGUCUCUCACACCACUUGAAAAGGCUGCUUCUGGAGCCUUGGCUUCUGUUAUCGCGAACACCUUGGUGUACCCUCUUGACUUGAGCAAGACCUUGAUUCAGACCCAGGUGAAAAAACAUCCUCACAAGACCGGCGCAGACAUUCCUACCCCACCCUCCGAUUCUGACAUCGAGGAUUCGGUAUACAAACAGAAGGAAACCAAGUCAGGCGAGUUAAAGUACAAGAACACACUUGAUGUGUUGCGUAAGAUCUACGCGAAGAAGGGAGUUUUGGGCUGGUACCAUGGAUUAUUCUCGUCGAUCCUCGGAACGGCCGCUCAGAAUUUCUCCUACUUCUACUGGUACACCAUCGUCAAGAGAGUGUACGCCAAUUUGUACAAACACAUUCCAAACCACAGGGCCAGCACGUUGACCGAGUUGUUCCUUGGGGCUGUAGCUGCUGCCAUCUCGCAGAUGUUCACCAUGCCUAUUGGUGUGGUCACCACUCAGCAACAGACUGACAAGAGCCACAAGAAUUUGUUGCAGUUGACCCAGGACAUCUUGGAAGAGGACGGUGUAUCCGGCUUGUGGAGGGGCUUGAGAGUGUCGUUGGUUUUGUGUAUCAACCCUUCAAUCACAUACGGUUCAUACGAGAGAUUGAAGCAGGUCUUCUACGGCAGCAAGGAGUUCUUGGGUCCUUUGGAGUCUUUCUCCAUCGGAGUGUUGGCCAAGUCCUUGGCCACCGUAGCUACACAACCAUUGAUUGUUUCUAAGGCUAUGUUACAGAAGAAGUCCAAGACCAAGAAGGAAGCCGGAAAGCCUAAGCCUAAGCCUGAACACGAAGAUGACGAAGAUGACGAUGACGAUGACAUUAGAUUCGAUAGUUUUACCCAUGCAUUGGCCCAUUUGUGGCACACAGAGAGAUUCAGAGGCUUGUACAAGGGUAUCGCCCCACAAUUGUUGAAGGGUGUAUUUGUGCAGGGGUUGUUGUUUAUGUUUAAGGACCAGCUCGAUAUUUUCUUCUUGUUCUUGCUUUCGUUGUUGAAGAAGAAGAAGGGUAUCGCCUCGCGUUGA